GGAGCCCGCGCAUGCGCGUUGAUCGCGGGCGCGCGUGGUGCUGUGGGCGCACCACAGACUCGGCGCUGACAGACACCGGAGCCGCCGCUCGCACGGCGGGGCUGUGCAGGAGACUGAUCAACAUGGGCCGCCGGGCGCGGGAUCGCCGGCGGCAGCUACAGCCCCAACAGCGUCGGGAGAGGAACGGAGGCGGCGGGGACCAAGCGGGCUGGGCCGGUGGUUACCCCGAGAUCGUGAAGGAAAAUGAGUUAUUCGAGCGCUAUUACCGGGAGCAGCGGAUCGUGCCCGACGGGGAGUGGGACGACUUCAUGGCGGCACUGAGGGAGCCGCUGCCCGCCACGCUGCGCAUCACCGGCUAUAAGAGCCAUGCCAGGGAGAUCCUGCACUGCCUGAAGGAGAAGUACUUCCGCGAGCUGCAGCACCUGGAGGUCGACGGACAGAAGGUGGAAAUGCCACAGGCGCUGAGCUGGUAUCCGGAGGAGUUAGCGUGGCACACCAACCUGAGUAGAAAAAUCUUACGUAAAUCACCGCAGCUGGAGAGGUUUCAUCAGUUUCUGGUUAGCGAGACAGAGUGUGGAAACAUCAGUCGUCAGGAGGCUGUCAGUAUGAUCCCACCUCUGCUGCUUAACAUUAAUCCUGAUCACAAGAUUCUAGAUAUGUGUGCUGCACCUGGAUCUAAGACUGCACAACUCAUUGAAAUGCUGCACGCGGACAUGAAUGUUCCUUUUCCCAAGGGUUUUGUAAUUGCUAAUGAUGUUGACAACAAGCGCUGCUACUUACUGGUUCAUCAGGCUAAAAGAUUAAACAGUCCUUGUAUCAUGGUGGUAAAUCACGAUGCCUCCAGUAUCCCUAACCUCCAAAUAGAUGUGGAUGGAAGAAAAGAGAUCCUCUUCUAUGACAGGAUUUUGUGUGACGUUCCCUGCAGUGGAGAUGGAACCAUGAGGAAAAACAUUGAUGUAUGGAAGAAGUGGACAACACAAAACAGUUUGCAGCUCCAUGGAUUGCAGCUAAGAAUUGCAACCCGUGGCGUUGAACAGCUGGCAGAAGGUGGGAGAAUGGUAUAUUCUACGUGUUCGUUGAAUCCUAUCGAAAAUGAAGCUGUGAUUGCAUCUCUGCUGGAAAAGAGUCAAGGUGCCUUAGAACUUGCUGAUGUCUCUUCAGAGUUGCCAGGUUUGAAGAGGAUGCCAGGAAUUACAAAAUGGAAGGUGAUGCUGAAAGAUGGACAGUGGUUUGAAGAGUGGAAAGACGUGCCUUCAAGUAGACAAACACAAAUACGUCCCACCAUGUUUCCAAUAAAAGAGGAGGAGAAGCUGAAGGCAAUGAAUCUAGAGCGCUGCAUUAGGAUAUUGCCACAUCACCAGAACACAGGAGGCUUUUUUGUGGCUGUGUUAAUUAAAAAAUCUCCAAUGCCAUGGAAUAAGCGCCAACCUAAGGUUCAUCAGAAAUCACCAGAAAAAACAGGAGAUACUGAAGUGACAGCAGCAAAUGCAGAUGACGGUUCUGAAGAUACUACUGAGAAACCAACACAUGAUGGAGAUGAAGAGUCUAAGAAAGUACAAGAACUGCAAAAUUCAGACGCUGAGCAAAGCAAAAAGGGAGUUUGCGGACCUCCACCAUCUAAGAAAAUGAAGUUGUUUGGUUUUAAAGAAGAUCCUUUUGUGUUUCUCCCUGAAGAUGACCCAUUGUUCCUUCCUAUCCAGAAAUUUUAUGCACUGGACCCUUCAUUUCCCAAGAUGAAUUUAUUAACUCGAACUCAAGAAGGAAAGAAGAGACAACUGUACAUGGUUUCUAAGGAGUUAAGGAACGUGCUCCUCAACAACAGCGAGAAGAUGAAGGUUAUCAACACAGGGAUAAAAGUCUGGUCUCGCAACAGCGACGGUGAGCAGUUUGGAUGUGCCUUCAGAUUAGCACAAGAGGGAAUAUAUACUCUAUACCCAUUCAUUCAUGCAAGGAUUAUAAAUGUCUGCAUAGAAGAUGUUAAAAUACUGCUAACCCAGGAAAAUCCGUUCUUAAGUAAAUUCAGCAGUGAAACACAGAGGAAAGUCAAAGACAUGGCAAUGGGAAGUAUAGUUCUGAAGUAUGAGCCAGACCCUGAAAAACCUGAUGAUCUUCAGUGUCCUAUAGUGCUCUGUGGUUGGCAAGGAAAAACAUCGCUCCGUGCCUUUGUGCCCAAGAAUGAGAGACUUCAUUACCUGAGGAUGAUGGGAGUCGAAGUAUUUAAAGCAAAGAGGAAAGAGGGCGAAGCAGAAGGUAAAACAGAGGAGGAAGUUCAAUGCAGACCAACACAGACGGAACAAAACAUGGAUGUGGAAGAUAGAGAAUGUGAUGCAGUCACAAAAAUGGAAGCAGAAAUGGGUGAAGAAUCUUCUCACAGUCCUUUGGAAAGCAGUGGUAUGGAAAUAGAAAAUAAAAGUGAGGAUUCGGAUCAAUUUAGUAAAAAUACCAACAGUCACAUAAGCCAAGAAAGUAAAGACAUCAAUACAAAUAAUAUGAAAGAUUAACUUUCUUUCUGUGUAGCUUCCAUGAGGCUCACAUCCAGACUCUGGCUUUCAGCAUGGAAGAGUAUUUUAAAAUUUCAGUUGGAAUUUGACGUUCCUAUUUUAAAAUUUCAUCUAUUUUAUUUUUUAAAUGAAAACUGUAUUAAAAAAAUAUAUAUCUCUUCAA